ACGGGUGGACGUUAAAUAUUUUGUGCAAAAAAGAUUCUAGUCUUUUUUAUACUACUCUUCAAAUAAGUCGUUUUUCAGUGAAACUUAUAGCAAUGGGAGAUGAAGAGGAUCCAUGGGGAGCAGAUGAUUCAGAACAACAACCAGAGCCCACGCCAGUAGUGGCUCAACAACCAGUAGCUCCUGAUACUAAGGCAACGACAGAAGCACCGCCUACUUCAGAAGAAAAGGGUUCAACAGAGGCAGAAGUGGCUCCCCCUCCCCCUCCAGUGGAAGAUGAUGGCUACAGAAAACCUGUUCAGUUAUACAGACAUUGGGUUAGGCCUAAAUUCCUGCAAUACAAAUACAUGUAUAACUAUAGAACGAACUACUACGAUGAUGUUAUUGAUUACUUAGAUAAGAGGCAAAUAGGGGUGUCACGAGAAAUUCCCAGGCCUCAGACGUGGGCAGAACGAAUCUUAAGAAGUAAUUAUUCCAAUUCCCGAGGUUUGGAUUUUGAGUCGUCUAUUAAAAGAGAUCACCAGUUAAUUCAGACACUAGCAGCAUCGAUUCGGCCCCAUAAUUACCACACCAAAGCAUAUAUAAACCAGAAAUAUGCUAAGGUCCUCUAAGUCCGUCUUAAAUCCAGUUGUCAACAUUUCGAAUGAUGUAAAUAUAUGUUAAUACAGCUUAUUGUAUGUUUUUAUUUUACUAAAGCCUGUUAAUUUAAAGCAUCUUUGCAGUGAAUAAAGUUGUAAGAAAAUAGCA